CUGACCGCAGCGCCACCCGCGUUCUAUGGUCCGCGGCGCUCCCAGGGUCCCCCGCGCCGCGGCCGGUACCCGGGAGGAGCGCGGCGGCGGGCGCUGGCCUGUCCGGGGCCUGUCUUGCCCCGGGGCUGCGCCUGCCCGCAGCCGCUAUGGAGCUGGAGGUGCCUGAGGAGGCGGAGGGCUCGGCCGCGGCGAGUGCCGGUGCAAUCACUCCGGAGGCCGGCGUAGGGGGACCGGACGCGUCAGGAGGUCUGGGCCCAAAGAAGACAGCCAUCACUGAGGGCCCCUCACUGCCAGGACAGCCAGGCCAAGGAAAGAGGAUUGGUCAUCGAAGCGUGGAUGCUUCUGGGGAAACCACCUACAAAAAGACCACUUCAUCGACUCUGAAGGGGGCCAUCCAGCUGGGGAUUGGAUAUACUGUGGGAAAUCUGAGCUCGAAGCCAGAGAGAGAUGUCCUGAUGCAGGACUUCUACGUGGUGGAGAGCAUUUUUUUCCCAAGUGAAGGCAGUAACCUCACCCCAGCUCACCACUACGCCGACUUCAGGUUCAAGACCUAUGCCCCCGUGGCUUUCCGCUACUUCCGAGAGCUCUUUGGGAUUCGUCCAGAUGAUUAUUUGUAUUCAUUAUGUAACGAGCCUCUGAUCGAGCUGUCCAACCCCGGGGCCAGCGGCUCCCUCUUCUAUGUCACCAGCGACGAUGAAUUCAUCAUCAAAACUGUGAUGCACAAGGAAGCUGAAUUCCUGCAGAAGCUCCUUCCUGGAUACUACAUGAAUCUGAACCAGAACCCCCGGACUCUGCUGCCCAAGUUUUAUGGACUGUACUGUGUGCAGUCUGGGGGCAAAAACAUCCGCGUGGUUGUGAUGAACAACAUCCUGCCUCGAGUGGUGAAAAUGCACCUGAAAUUCGACCUCAAAGGUUCAACCUACAAACGCCGGGCAUCCAAGAAGGAAAAAGAAAAGUCCAGCCCUACGUACAAGGAUCUGGACUUCAUCCAAGACAUGCCUGAGGGCCUGAUGCUGGAUGCAGACACCUUCAGUGCUUUGGUGAAGACGUUGCAGCGAGACUGUCUGGUAUUGGAAAGCUUUAAAAUCAUGGACUACAGCCUCCUGCUUGGGGUUCAUAACAUAGACCAGCACGAGCGGGAGCAGCUGUCGGAGGGAGCCCACAGCACGUCAGAUGAGAAGCGUCCCGUGGGGCAGAAGGCCCUGUACUCCACAGCCAUGGAGUCCAUCCAGGGAGGGGCUGCCCGGGGGGAGGCCAUAGACACGGACGACACGAUGGGAGGGAUCCCAGCAGUGAAUGGCAAAGGAGAGCGUCUCCUGCUGCACGUGGGAAUCAUAGAUAUCCUGCAGUCAUACAGGUUCAUCAAGAAGUUAGAGCACACCUGGAAGGCCCUUGUCCAUGAUGGGGACACGGUGUCAGUACACAGACCUAGCUUUUAUGCAGAGAGAUUCUUCAAAUUCAUGACUAACACGGUGUUUCGAAAGAAUUCCUCUCUGAAGUCGUCCCCCUCCAAGAAAGGGCGCAGUGCCUUGCUGGCUGUGAAGACAGCAGGUCCCACAGCGGCGUUCUCAGCCAGCCAGCUGGCCUCCGACAAGGACGACACCCAGUACGACCUGCGGGCAGCCAGGAGCUACCCCACGCUGGACGAUGAAGGUGCUAAACCUAACCAGGACAGGGAAGAAGCAGGCAGGCCAGACCUGCUCCCUUGCACUCCUCCUUCCUUUGAAGAAGCUACCACGGCCUCCAUAGCCACGACACUAUCGUCAACAUCUCUGUCUGUUCCCGAGCGAUCCCCCUCGGAGACCUCUGAGCAGCCCAGGUACAGGAGGCGUACACACUCCUCGGGGCAGGAUGGCAGGUCGCACGAGGAGGUGCGGGUCCAGGAGGAGGUUCAGCAAAUCAGUGUCGAGCUGGAGCCCAAGUGUGAUGUUGAGAUUGUAGCUCCUGAAGAAGUCAAAGAAGAGGCAGCUUCUUCAGCCUGUGCCAUUGUCACAUCCACAGCCACCAUAGAGGUGGAGACGGCCAGCCAGGCCUCGGAGCCAGCCAGCCAGGCCUCGGAUGAAGACGACGUGCCAGUCACAGACAUUUACUUUUUCACAGAUGGGAGGUACUGGAUUUACUCUCCCCGCCAGCGCAGACUCCGAACUACCUCGCAUUCCUCUGGGAUUUAAUCUCUAUGCAGACACAGAAGUCCCAGAGAGCAGCGAUUCCCUCUGCAGGUCGAUGUGUUCCCUUUUCGUUGAUGCAGCCAUUCCAGUGGGAUAGGGAAGAGCUUGCUGACACCAGUAUUGCUGCACUGCAGGAUCCCGGGCACUGCGUUUCAGAAUGGAGCAAAACUAUAACCAUGUAUUUCUACUCACCCCAGAUGUGGGCAGCAAAGAAACCACCUGCUCACCCGCAGCUCCCAGCAGAGAAUUCUAGCUGGGUGUAGAGAAUCCUGGGUAGUUACACAGUGUUUUCCAGAUGUGCACUACCAUAGCUACCUAUCCAUGUGUGAUACUGUGAACCUUUUUAAUUUUUUAAUCAUGUAUUUAUUUCUUUUAUCUUUGCACAGAGACAGCACAAAUGUGCUUUUUCAAACAUUUAGUUUACUGCACUUUUUUUUCUUUUUUCUUUCUUUUUUUCUUUUUUUUUUUUUUUUUUGGUCAUAUAUUUGUGCAUCAAAAAAGGAGCAUGAGACUUCACCGAAGAAUGGGUAGGAGCACGUUGCUGGGGAGGGCAGGGAGCAGAGUGGCUUCAUGUGAGGCAGCAGUGUGGUCUCACCGGCUGAGGGAGUCAGGAGGUUUAAGGCUGUCCAGACACUACCACGGUUUUUCCAAGUGGCCCAAGGCAAAUCACUAAACCACUCUGUGCCUCGGUUUCCCCCGUGCUAAUGGGUGCACAGUACCUGCUUCCAUUACAGCACUUAAACCCUGGGAUGAAAGGUGCUAUGAAAAUGAAAUGUAUUAAAGGCCAUGGAAUAGAAUCGCUCCCAUGUUACCAUAGUCCAAAGCAGCCAUGCCAAUUCACUUGGAUCCAAACUCUCUAGUGACUUCUCCUGUCUGUGACACCAUGCGGGACAGCACACAGUUCCUGGUGACAGUGACAUGGACUCCUCAGCUCUCCCCGAAGUCGUGAUGGGUUCCAGCUCCCCCCUGUGCUGCACUGCUGCGCCACCCCUCCCUCUGUGCUUGGAGUCCACACCUCAUCCAAGUGGCCACUGACUGCUCCAGCCCUGCAGGCACAGACAGAUGGGAACUGGGCACCUGCCAAGCCCGGCCACAUUGGAGGGCAGUUUCCCCACUCUGCCCAGCCCACGUGGGGCUUGUCCAGACCCUGCAUCCUCACCGAGCCCCUCAGCCCCUCACGUGCUCGUGGGUGUACCCUGGGGUCACGGACACUGGGUUCACAUGUCCCCUCUGCUCCACAGGGCAGGUAGGGACACAAGGGCACAUCCAGUCACUGGAGGCAGGAACAGGAGCCUGGCUGUGCCACGGAAUUGUGCCAGCACUGCUGUGCUCACGGACUCUUCGACAGAAAGCUGGGUGACUAGGGUGCUGCCUGGGGUCACGUCUGCUGGUGGAAAUCCCUACUGUGGUGUCUGAAAGGGUUUGCUUUGCAAGGACUGUGGGCUAUAGGUGAGAGAAUUUGAUGUCAGAGGUAGUGUUCAGGCUCAUUCAUCAGCAGGACACAUAUCAUAGCAUAGUCUGGAAUCCAGCAAUCCUGUCCUCAUCUCCCAGAGAGAAAAGAGGAAGUCCUUUAGACCUGAGGGAGACAGUUCUUGUUUGUGUGCUUUAUGAACCUCGCUUAAGAAAGAGUCUCUUUAUUCCCUUUACAAUCUUCAUUGUCCUUGGGAUUCCAGCUAGAGGGGUGGGGAAGCAGGACCCUGCUCUCAGGCCUCAGCCCCCACAAUCUCUUCACAGCAGCACUCAGGAGUGGUUAUGCUGGGUCCCAGAAGGUAGCUGGGCUGAUGGGAAGCUCUUCCUUCUGUACUGUACUGAACUUAGUGAGAAUCUUCAGGAAUUGAUGUUUUUUUUUUCUUGCCCAGAAUACAGGACCUGGACUUCCCUUCCCUGCCUGUAGAUGCAGAAGGCUGUGAGUUGUGCUUCUUGGAAGCAUAGUCGGGGGAUUGUGCAAGUUGCUGCUGCUCAUGUAUCCAUGUAUUUACCAAAUAGUCUAUCAAAAGUCUCUCCAGAAACUCUCCCCUUUCUGUCGCUGCUUGGCAGCUCGUUCUCCCAGCUGCAGCUCCUGUCCCACCCCACCUUCCUGUGCCACCCAGGGGGCUCUGCAGGCUGGGGGGCUCAGGGGUUGGUGAAGGGGAAUGGGAACCAUGCAAUACCUACAGCCUCACCUGCCUUUGGGCUCAAGGCAAGGUGCUUCAAAAAGCUAAAAAUUCAACGUUUUUCCUCCAGCAGUGUGUGUAGAACGGCCAGAGGAAGCCGCAUCCCUGCUGCACCUGCUGCUCUUGGGUGCUGUGCUGGAGGAGGGGGCUCUGGGGGGAACCAGGGUGGGCUUGAGCUGUUCUGAGCCAGGCCCCUGCCCUGGGACCACCUCAGUCAGGAGCUGGAGGGUUUGGCCUCAUCAGGUCUUUCCAGCCACCUGAAAUCAAGCAUCUUUUUUGAGACGGUUCAAGCAUUGCUGGUGGAGAUUUUAUUCCUUCCCCUCAUUUCUAGGGGGUCUCUAAAGCUGCUUGGUGUGUGUGCAGGGAGUGUCCCAGAGAAUGAGCUUUGUGAGCUGGAGCUGUGCUUGGGUCCUGAGAGAGGGGGUGAACCCAGAGCUCCUGCAGCAUGUUCAUUCAGUUCAAAGAAUUGUCUUCUCUUUUUGAGAUGAUCCUUGUGCAGUUCUGUAAUGCUGGACCCUUUGGAGCAGGUCUGGAUGGGCUGGGGUGGUCCUGUAAGAGGACAGGCAAAGGCUUAGAACAGCUUUGACAAGGGGGAAACUUUCUGUAGAAAAAUGUUGAUCUGAAAUGGAAACUGCGCCUGUUCAAGCUGGCACAAUCCCUGCGGUGCCACCUCCUGUCCAAGCAGCUCCCAGUGCUGGGGAACUGCUUCUCACAGAGCCUGAAAGGACCUUGGAUUUUAGAGCUCAUUCUUGGCCCUCUCUGCAUGGCACUGCAAGGGAGCAGCAGAAGCUCUGGAGCAUGUCACAGGCACUGCCAGUGCUGCCUGAGCAGGAACAGCACUUGCCCAUGGGAAAGAGCAUCCCUGGUCUGAGUGUUCCUCCAUCUGCACCUCAACUCAUUCUGGACUUGAGGUGCUGUUCUCUGCCAGGCUCCCUUUAGUGACCCAACAGGUGCUGUCCAGGCUCUCCACCAUUAAAGGAGGCACCAUGAGUCUUGUACUCUAAUUUGACCCCGCAGGACAGCCCCUUCCCACACAGGCCUGUGCCACUGCUGUCCUUCAUCCCCAAGGUCCCAGCUGGGAUCUCAGACUCUGUGGGACGUGCCCUGACCACUGCCUGGCGCUGGGGCUGUAGGUGAGCUCUCCCUGCCAGAUAAAGGGCUGGCAGGAGAAAAUGGGCAUCUCUGUCCUAGAGUUUGCAGUCGGGCUCCUGUAAAGGCUCUGGGGCAAACCGAGGAGCUCGCAGAGACCCUCAACACACGCAGAGGGAAUGCAGCGUUUGGUUGCCGCUGCCUCUCCGGCCACGUGUGCUGAAUUGCAUGGUGGGGAGUGUUUUAGUGAAGCCAGAGCAUUCACAGGCAUUGGUCCGAGGCAGGCAGAGGCGUUUGCAGGGCUCCAUCGCCCCCCGCAUUCCCCUUCUCAUUCCCAGCCACUGCUCCAGCGCUUCCCGAAUGGACAAGGAGAAAGCCAGGUCACGGCUGAGGGGUUUUCUGUCCAUGUCUACCCGCGCCACGUCUGUCCUGGUGGCUGUCCCUGUCCACACGUGUCCCGGUGGAUGUCCCCGUGGAUGUCGCUGUUCGCACGCGUGUCCGUGUCCGCGCUGCGCGUGCACCGUGUGCCGCAUGUCCGGCGGAGGGGGCGCGGCGGGACGGGGGCGCAGAUAUUGGGGCGUGAUCCCGCCUCUGCUCCGGGAGCUCGGGGCCUGGGCGCUGUUUUUCUUUUCUCUCGGUUGUUUUGAGGGUUUUUCCCCUCCUCCGGGGAGCCCCUUUCCAGAGCUCUGUACCCCGCUCCCAUAAAGCGUUCCGCAGUCUGUGCUGAA